AUGUAUGGUACCCAUGUCCAGGUUGCCAUCCACACUCUCACAGGUUACGGUGUCGACAAGAGCGCCAUACUUUCUUUUAGUUACAUUGCUGCCACUCCUGAUCUGCUCAUCGGGAGGCCGACUGUAGAGCACGAUCUCAACGUUGCGUUCACUCCUACGCUGGAGGCACUGCAAGGGAUCUUCGGGCAGGCCCAACUCACCUUGACUUUGCGCUUAGUCAAGCUUCUCUUGAACUUGCCAGGUGAGACGCUGGCCGCGUUGGUUGACUGGAUGGCCACUGAGCGGCCAGAUGUCUUGAAGGUUGUCUGCAAGGCAAUUGAGGAUGAGGAUUUGAAGGGUACCGAGCAACUGAACUCCCGAACGAGUUCCAGCCUGGCAAAGUCUUCGUCCACGCAGACGGUGAUCGAGCCACGUCCUGGGCCACUGGCGCCGGCGGUGCUGGUGCGGCAUGGUCAAUCGGUGGCCAACGUCGCGAAGGAGUCCAACAUCUACGAGUAUUUGUAUAGGAAAUUCGCGGACCGUUCUCUGGUCGACGCUGGCCUCACCCCACAGGGCGAGGACGAUGCGCGUCGAGUCGGUGCAGAGCUGUUCUGGGACGGCUGUGUUGCCCCAUCCGACGUCGGCCUGGUGGUGUUGUCGCCCCUCUCGCGAGCCCUGCGGACGGCCUCCCUGGCGCUGGAGGCGGCCGGCGUGGCGCUGCCGGAGAUGUGCCGCGUAGUGGCGCAUCCGCUCGCCGCGGGGCGCUUCUUCUCGCCAGACAUUGCCGAGAACCUGCCGGCAGCCGAGGCGCUCAGAGUCGCCGAAGGUGGGGGGCCGGCUGGUGGACUUCGGCCCCUGCGCCGAGUGGGCCGGCGCGGGGUGCUCCGCGGCGGAGCCAGAGAAGCCCCGGCGGGCGACGGACGUCGAGGUGGCGCGGGACGCGGCGGCACUGCGCGACUUCAUCUCGUCCGCCACUCCGGCAGGCACCGUGGCCCUGGUCUUCUGCCACGGGGGCGUCAUCCAGGCGCUGUCGGGGCGUGA